ACCAACCCCAAAGUCCGCCAUUUACAUGCACAGAUCCCAUUCCUCUAACAAAUCAACCUGCCACCAUCAUGCUUGAGCAGAGCCUAAGUCCUCAUCCUGCCGUGUCAAUUAGAUAGUAGUGGUGGGUGGCGAUGCGGCGAACCCGAUAGAACGGGGUGCAUAAGAAAGGGCAUGAAUGCAAGGCGAUGUGCAUGCAUGCUGCGUGCGCGCUCACUCAUCAGCACGGGCUCGCCCAAUCUGGAUCCCGCAAGACUAGGUAGCGGCGGGCUACUUGUACCCAUCCCACGCAGCAAUCCCCCCAAACAAACUCCGUGUCUGAUGAUUCAUUCCAACCCCGACAUCCUAAUAUAUUCCCGGCGGCGAGAAGAAAGACGGCAAGACCCACAGCCUGAGGGAGAGAGAGCUCGCCAUCUCCAGGUAACCUUCAUCUGCUUCGCAGCCGGUCUGGUGCUACUCAUCCCACUGCCGGUUCCAUCAAUUUCCCGCAUUUCCAACCUCACCGCAUCAGGCAUCCGCGGCUUGCGAAAUUGCGAACUGGGCCGCAAGAGUGGCAAGAGGCGGCGUUGUGUUGGUUCCUCUUCCCAGGCGGCUGAACCUGGCUUCUCAGUCGUAGGUGAAUUGGGCUUGGUAGCCUUGCCGCUGCUGCUUGUGUGGGUGGUGAACUGCUUGCGGAGAAGAUCGUGGACCCAGGUUGUUAUUCCGGCAAACGUCAAGUUGGUAGGGAGAAGAUGAAAAUAUCCGACGAAAUGUCCCGAUGCCUUGUUGUCAUCCUGAACGGAUAGUUCGUUAUUUUUUCACAGUGCAUACCCGGUGUUCACGUCGCUAUAGGUAAACAUGUCUAGGUCUAGCCCAAGGCCUGUGCCGAGCUCGAUGCUGUGAGGGUCGCUGUAGGCUACAUCAACGUGCUGGGGGUAACCGUGGUCCUUGAGCUGUGAAGCUUUGAGCGCCACGUAUUCGGCGUGAAGCUCGGCGUAUGCCUGGCUGAGCACAUCGUUCCGUUGCUUGGCAUCAUUGAGCAUCUGUUCGAGAUCUUUUAUCCUCU